CACCGGAUUAUUAAUAAGAGUGUAAAGAAACUGAUUAUCUUUAAUGCAUCUUUUUCAGGCUGCGAAGAUCCGGUCUAAAAAUCCUGCUCGUCACGAAUACUUGGCUAAAACCGAACCAGCGCAUUUUAAAAAUUUUGAACAAAUUGGGCUUCCCCGUGGAUGAAAGUGAACUCUACACUUCGUCCGAUUGUUGUAAAAUGUUCAUGAAUAAGCAUGAGCUGAAGCAUCCAUUUUUGCUGGUGUCGGACGACGUGCUCAAAGAUUUCAAUGAAAUGGAGACAUUGAACCCUUUUCAGUAUGACAGUAUCGUCCUCGGACUUCCGUCCACGAUGGUGGACUAUCGCCUAAUGACGAAGGCUUUGAGCAUUCUUCACAACGGGCACCCUUUACUCGUUUUGCAUCCUGCAAGAACUGAGAAAGCGAAAGGAUCCUGUCAAAUCAUUGCGCCUGGUCUGUACGCCAAGACGCUGGAAUUCGCCACGGACGCAAAGCUCGUCAUCCCGUCCAAGCCGAGUGUCGGAUUUUAUGUCGAGGCUUGCAAAUAUGUCGGGUUUCCGCCAGAACAAUGUGUCAUGAUUGGCGAUUGCAUUUCUGACGAUGUCCGUAACCCCCACGAAAUCUGCAUGAAAGCAAUUCUCGUCAAGACGGGAAAAUACAAAAACCAAGACGAGUUCAAGUACUGUCAAGUGCGGCCGGAAUUGGUGGUGGACAAUUUCUACAAGGCGAUCAGAUACGUCCUCUCCGCCACGGAUACCGACCCCGACAAAGCGUCCGAUCUGAGUGCGGAAGCUGCUAAGCGAGAACAGUGGAAAAAGGAACACGACGACUUCUUCUUGAGGCUCUCUUCUUACGCGAAUGAUGACAAAUGUGUCAAAAGUAGGUCCAUUUGCCCGCAAAAAAUUGGCUCUUUUAUUUGGUAAAAUUUUGUACGAUCUUGCAUAAAAA